AUGUGUCAAAAUGGAGAGAAGAUACCCAACUGCACUGCAGAAGUUUUACAAGAAACAUCACUCAAGAGAGCCACUGACAUUGAGAAAAUUCUGCUCAGUGUUCAUCCUUCACUUAUGACCUAUCAUCUUUGGAUUUCUCAUGGCAGUGUGACUGGUCAGAAUUUUGAGAUAAACACUGGGAAAACCUUUGGAGACAUGGUAAAGGAAAUGGAAGCAUUCCCUCAACUCAAAGUUACUCCACCGCUGCGUUUGAAGGAUCUAGGAACUCAAGACCCAUGUCUUGUUUUCCUUAGAGAGGACAAUCUUGGUGUUUAUCUUAAUAAAAAUAAGUUAACUCCAGAAAAAAUUGAUGUCUUUGACUGUCUGAAAUGCAAAACCCAGCAUGUUGAUGUGAAUGUACUGGCAGCUUCAACUGGUGACCAUAGGGAUGACCUCUCUUUUGACACAACAAGAUCUCCAAAGGAAGCUGUACUGGUACUGAUUGAUACAAGUUCAUCGAUGUCCCAGAAAUGCUACGGAAGUGUGGAAAUAGAAAAAAUCCAUGCUGUCAAGGAGCUUUUUGAUAAUUUUGCAUCAAGGACUAUGGCUUAUGAUUUUCAUCAUGUCAUAGGCCUCGUUACAUUUGACUCUAGAGUGAAAACUGUUCACACAUUUACAGAAACACUGGAAAAGUUUAAGGAGCAUGUGCGCACUCUUAAGGCAUCUGGACGUACAUUGCUGUAUGAUGCACUGCAACAUGGAAUGAAUGAGCUGAACAAAGUAAAGAUAAAAUUCCCAGAUUGCAGACUCCGCAUUCUAUGUCUCACCGAUGGAAAUGAUAUUGGGUCUUUAAACAAGCCAGAUCAAGUUGCCAUCAACCUAAUAAAAUCUAACGUCGUUGUGGAUUCGAUUCUUCUUGGAAAAGUAAAAAAUAAUAUUCUACAUGGAAUCAGCAUUGCAACAGGUGGCUGCUGCUUCAACCCAGAGACAAGCAAGGAUGGUUUACAACUUUUUGAAACUGAGACCGUUCUUUCUUUGGAGAUGAGAAAAUGUAAAACCAAAGCUGACCCAGCCUCCAUCACUGAAAGUUUUCUGAGGAGUCACUUUGCUACUCAUGGGUACGAUACACUUCCAGAGGCUGUCUUACCAAGCCAGAUAAGCAGUAAAGUGACAGUUACACAGAAGUAAGUGACAGAAUAC